CGUCAUUCCUGCCUCGCUUUAUAAAACUGUCAACGCCUUCCUCUCACCUGGACUGACACACACCACCCCAAACACCACGGCGGGACAGGGGCUAUUUCUGGCCAGAGCAGGAGAUCAGUAGGCUAAACUACGCACACAACUUCUUUCACGGGCAUUUUCCCCAGCUGCUCAUUUCAACAAAAAAGAAGACCAUCACCUGUUUUUUUUAUGAAUCUGGCAAAUUAUUCUUACUUCUCUGGCAUGUGCAACAUGACCGCUGAGACGCAGCACUCGCCUGCCGAGGCAAGUCCUAUACAAGUCCUGUCUCCGAACGUGAGCCUGGACUCGCCGCUGGCUCCGCCGCCUCUGAUGCUGCAGGCCCGGUCAAAGGACAAUGUUUUGAUCAAGUCUGAGCCCCGGGGAACCAGUCCAAACACGGAGGAUGGAGCCGCUCUGGGGCAGACUGAGGAGCACCUGCCCACCGGGAGCCGCCGGAGGAAGAGGCCCGUCCAGAGGGGGAAACCUCCCUACAGCUACAUCGCUCUCAUCGCCAUGGCCAUUGCCAACUCUCCCGAGAGAAAGCUCACCCUGGGGGGCAUUUAUAAGUUCAUCAUGGAGCGUUUUCCUUUCUACAGGGAGAACUCGAAGAAGUGGCAAAACUCCAUCCGCCACAACCUCACCCUCAACGACUGCUUUGUCAAGAUCCCCCGGGAGCCCGGCAGACCGGGUAAAGGCAACUACUGGACUUUAGACCCCGCCGCUGAGGACAUGUUUGACAACGGGAGCUUUCUGAGGAGGAGGAAAAGAUUCAAGCGCACAGAUGUGAGCACCUACCCCGGCUACAUGCAAAGCUCCAGCGCGUUCACCCCAACCCCAAUGGGCAGACCCUCGUACCCGAACACCCUGUACGCUGGGAUAGGCUCCGGGUAUGGCUCCCAGCUGACAGCCACAUCCCCGCAUCCGGCCAUGCUGCAUCACUACCAGACCUCCGCCGGGGCCGGCCAAGGACAGCCGCGCAUGUUCAGCAUCGACAACAUCAUCAACCAGCAGACAGUGCAGAGCGGCCAGGGGGGAGACCUCAACUCCCAGGCGCUGGGUUUGGGGCUGGGCCUGGGUGGAGGUGACCUGGGCUCCAUGACCUCCAGCUGCUCGGUCACCGGCACCGACCCGUCUGCGUGCUUCCAGACCCAGACUGGCAACCCCUCGGCGAACAUGCUGAGCAGAAACAGCGGGAACCUCUCAUCCAACCUGGCCGCCGGAUACCCGUACUCCUCCUCCUCGGCCUCUCCUCCGAACCUGCCCGCCAUGACCCAGUCCGGUUUCUCUCCGGGGAACUCUCAAGUGUACUGCUCCGGCAACCGGCUGUCCCUGCCGGCCAUGCGCCCGGGCUCGUGCGCCGAGCACACGGAGCAGCUGCUGGGCCUCUCCAGUCCAAUGAACUCCUACAACAACACUUACAUGAGACAGGCCAACUUUGCGUCAGGAUUAGAGCGGUAUAUGUAAGGAAUCAUUUGCAACAAAAAAAUCCUAAUUAAUUAUAGGCCACCAAAUAGUCCCAUAUUAGAGGAUUAUGCCCUCAAUGAGUCCAUAAGAGGUCAAUAGUGUAUGUCUGGUAUAAUAACAUUAAAUACUAUUAUUGGGAUAUUAGAACCUAAUAUAAGGCCUCUAUUUCAAAAUGUCGUAAGCGGCGUAAUUGUGUCACUUAUUAAAAUAAGUUCCUGUAAGGAUUUUGGUGAUUUAUAUUAGCCAGGAUCAGACAAAGAUGAGCCAUGCAGUCUCGUGAUAAAACAUUCCUAUUUUAAAAGCCAUUUAGAUCCGUUUGACACAUUCCAUGACUGUUUAUUGUAUUUUAUUGUGCCACAUUUCAUUCAUAUUUCCUGUGUUUUAGAUUUUACAUGUGUUUGUUAGAAUAUUUGAAUCCGAGUCUGCCUUUUUUUAUGUAAAUAGUUUGUUGAUGUGUAAAAACUUUAUUAAAAGAGUGUUAUCAUUGCUGACGAGAG